AUUUGAACACGGAGGGGGCUUCGGAUUUACGGAAAACAUAUCUCCCCGCUUAACUUUUUUUUGACUCUGCCAAGAUCCGACUCAGCCGAGUGAAAUCUCACGUCAUCAUUUUAAGUAUCUACAAAAGAAAAUAAUACCCCAAAGCGUCGUCUUCACCUCUCUUCAAAAGUUUCACGUCACCUUUUUCGAUCUUAAAGGGACCAAAGCCCGGUUUCGACUUAAAAAGAGCACUCAUAGUCACUAAAAGCUCGCCUGACAUUGGUUCAUCAUUAGUCUUCAAGAUGGCGGGUAAAGUAUAUCUGAUCACUGGCGUCAAUCGGGGCAUUGGCCGUGGUCUGUUUAAAUUCUAUGCGUCACAGCCCAACAACACUGUCAUCGGGACAGUCCGCGACCUGAAGUACGCCCAGGAACUGCUCGAGGAGCCGCGGGGCACUGACACCAGCUUGAUCAUCACCAAGCUCGACGGCUCCUCAAAGACAGACCCCUACUCUGCGGUUGAGGAUAUCCGAUCCAAGGGGGUCGACCACAUCGACGUCGUCAUCUCCAACGCAGCCGUGGCCAAGCUGUUCACCCUCGAGGAUCUGCCCAUCGAGGUCUUCGAGGAGCACAUCACGGUCAACUCGGUCGCGGUGCUGCUGCUGUACAAGGCCACGCUCCCGCUACUGCGUGCUUCGGCGUCUGCCAAGUUCACCCUGAUCAGCGCGGCCGGCGGGAGCAUAGGCGGGUUUGCGGGCAACAAACUACCGCUUGGGGCAUACGGAGGAUCCAAGGCUCUUGCCAACUAUCUGGUGGUGAAGAUGGGGGCCGAGAACGACUGGCUCGUGACGCUGUGCAUCCACCCAGGACACGUACAAACGGACAUGGGCGAACUGGCCACGGAUGCCUUUGGUCUAAAAGUCGCGCCGGUGACAAUCGACCAGUGCGUCAAGAACACGCACGAGAUUAUUGACAAAUCAACCAAAGAAGAACAUUCCGGCAGGUUUUUCAACCAAACCAUCGAUAGCAUCUGCCCGUGGUAAAGCCUGAAUAAGAAAGGCUAGUUUUGAUCAUUUAUAACAUAUAUGUAUAUAUAUUGCUUGUUAUUCAAUGAAACCUGUCUUGGAC